AUGGAGGUCCACACGGACCAUGAUACACCAGGGCGCGCCCCAGGCCCCUGGCACGUGGUGGUGUAUGCUGCUCACCUCAGAAAGUAUGUCAUUUCCAGUGGAGGUACGCACGAGCUGGAUAUUUGGCCGGAGCUCAAAAUCCUGGCCGGAGAUGUCAUUUCCCGCACCGCAUUCGGCAGCAGCUACCUUGAAGGAAUGAAGAUAUUUCAGCUGCAAACCGAGCAAGCAGAGCACCUCAUCACAAACAUUCGGAGGAUUCUCAUUCCCGGCUACUUAUCUUUGCCAACCCCAAACAAUAAAAGGAUGUAUCAGGUCAACAACGAGGUUGAAUCGAUUCUACGGGGUUUAAUUGCAAAAAGAACUAAAUCUGUCAAGGAAGGAGAAAGCACCAAAGAUGACUUACUUGGCUUAUUGCUAGAGUCAAACAUGAGGCACACAUAUGACAAUGGUCAAUCCAGCAUGGGGAUGACAAUUGAAGAUGUCAUCGAGGAGUGCAAGACGUUCUACUUUGCAGGAAUGGAGACAACAUCAGUACUACUCACGUGGACCAUGAUCGUUCUAAGCAUGCAUCCGAAGUGGCAGGACCGUGCAAGGGAGGAGGUCCUAGGUUUAUUUGGGAAAAACAAACCUGAAUACGAAGGUCUAAACCGACUUAAAAUGGUGACCAUGAUCCUUUACGAGGUUCUUCGGUUGUAUCCUCCAAGCAUUCAUUUUAGCCGGAAGACAUGCAAGGAGGUGCUAAUCGGAGACAAAAGGUACCCAGCUGGCAUGAUGAUUGAGCUCUCCGUACUACUCAUGCACCAUGACCCUGACAUUUGGGGAAGCGAUGUGCAUGAAUUCAAGCCGGAGAGGUUCGCUGAGGGGAUCUCCAAAGCGUCCAAGAAUUCAGGCGCGUUUCUCCCAUUCGGCUGGGGGCCACGGAUUUGCAUCGGCCAGAAUUUUGCGCUUACUGAGGCCAAGAUGGCGAUUUGCAUGAUCCUUCAACGUUUCGACUUCGUGCUUGCCCCGUCCUAUAUUCAUGCGCCAUAUACCGUGGUAACACUACAUCCAAUGCAUGGCGCACAAAUUAGGCUUGGACUCAUCUAAUUCCUUUCACAUUUGGUGGUGUGUCCUUUGAUUUUCUUUGACAAAUGUAUG